AUGGAGGACUUCAGUUGUUUAAAUAGCACAGAAGACGUCGUUGCAUCUGGUAGGCUUGUGGAUGAAAUGAAACAGGGUUUGAAUAGUCUAAUAUCUCGGCUUUCGUCUAUCGGUUUGACGGUACACGUGCUUCAAAACCGCGCUGUGGUUACCGAAAAAGACGAGCUUAGAACUUUCAACGUGGUAGGCGGCGAAGCAGCGUUGCAGUUUGUGAAUCAGCCUGAACAUGCCGACAAAUUAAUCUGCUUCAAUUCAGAGAGAUUUUAUUGCCACACUGAAUACCUUGUGCUUCGAAGCCAGUACUUCAGGGCUUUGCUAAACGGUGCCUACCGCGAAACCAAUAUGGACGUAAUUUCUAUUCAUCUCCCAGCGCCAGGAAAUGUUGAAGCCAUUUUGCACUUUAUGUACUCGGGCAUUGCGGACGGAGGACUUUUGGAAACCACUGAAAUCUUCAGCACCAUUCAAAAUGCGAAUUUCUUAGGCAUCGACGAAUUGCUAGAAAAAGCAGCUGAAAGCUUUGCCAGCCGUUGGAAAAUCUUAGCUUUUUCGCCACUCUUCAGAAGGAGCAUUGUGGAUUCAGAAUUCGUAGGGGCCAUUCUAGAACUCGGAACUAAAAACGAUGUUUUUAACGUUGGGGAUAAGCUGAGAAUUGUUAUGCUCUGGAACGAAGAAGAAGACCAAGAAAGCAACUUUCCUGAGUCAUCUCGUCUUUUGGUAGAGUAUAGAUGUCUAGAGAACACAGGCAUUGCUGACCUGGAAUGGGCGUUGGACAAGAAGCCUCAACUCUUUAACUCCUUGCAGCAAUCCGCGUUCCGCGUUGUCUAUCAACGCGCGAUACAAGAUUCCUCGCGCGUCAGCGAGAAAAUGCGGGCGAAUGAAGACAAAAUCAAAAACCUUUCCCAGUGCGUGCGUACUCUGACCAGACAACUCGAAGAUGUCAGGUGCAACAGGUGUCAGUUGUUUCUUCCUCGUGCUGCGAUGAAGACAAGAACUUGCAUUGUCAGUCGGCAUCCAGGAGAGUAUGUUGUUAACAAGGGGUGGAGCUGUUGUCGACAGCUCAUAAAGCGAAGCAAGGGCUGCAAGCCUGUUAGUCUUUCCAGGCACUGUAUGUCCUUAAACCCGAGGUCAAGGUGA